AGGUGAUUUUGGCCAAUGAGAUUGUUCCAGCUAAGCAAAGCAGGUAUUCCCCAUUUUCAACAAGAGUGCGGUGAGCUUCAGCAGCAGUUCCCCUAGAUAUCACCAUCGUUGGAAAAAAGCACAAGAGAACAAUGAGAAUAGGUGUAGUGUGUGCACUGUUGAGUGCUGUGUGCUGGACAAGUGUGCAGGGAUUCUACGACCACACUGAUGAGGUGUACGACCUCACUCAGGCCAACUUUCAGAAGCUGGUCCUGGACAGUCACUUUGUCUGGAUUGUAGAAUUCUAUGCACCUUGGUGUGGCCAUUGCCAGAGUUUGGCUCCGGAGUUCAAGAAGGCCUCAAAUGCCUUAAAGGGCAUAGUGCGAUUGGGAGCAGUGAACGCCGAUGAACACAAGCAGCUGGGAGGGCAAUACGGGGUGAAAGGGUUCCCGACCAUCAAAAUAUUCGGCUCCAAUAAAAAGUCCCCAAGUGACUACAAUGGUGCACGAUCAGCUGAAGGUUUUGUGAGCGAGGGUCUCUCUGCGGCCAGAGUAAUGGCCAAUGAUAGACUGGGUGGCAAGAAGAGUGGUGGAUCCAGUGGAGGUGGUGGAGGAUCUGGGGGGAAUGAAGUGGUUGAGCUCACUGACAACAAUUUUGAGUCGACAGUUCUCAGCAGUGAUGACAUCUGGCUGGUCGAGUUUUAUGCACCGUGGUGUGGCCACUGCAAGAGCUUAGCUCCUCAUUGGAAGUCAGCGGCUUCAGAGCUCAGGGGCAAAGCCAAGCUUGGUGCUAUUGAUGCUACCGUCCACAAAGUCCUAGCGAGCAGAUAUGGUAUUCAAGGUUUCCCUACAAUAAAGUACUUCCCUGCUGGGAAGAAAGACUCUAGUGGAGAAAACUACGAUGGUGGUCGUACCUCCGAUGAUAUUGUACGCUGGGUCAUGGACAGGUGGACAGUUAACCUACCACCACCAGAUGUUUAUCAGCUCACAAGUCAGGAGGUACUGGACACCUGUGCAGAAAAGCAGAUCUGUUUCAUCUCCUUCCUCCCACAUAUUUUGGACAGUAUGGCAGCUGGCAGAAACGAUUAUCUUGAUAUGCUGAAAUCAUUUGCUGAGAAAUACAAGCAAAGAUCAUUUGGAUGGGUGUGGCUGGAAGGUGGAUCGAACCCUGACUUUGAACAGGCUCUUGAGGUGGGUGGGUUUGGAUACCCAGCAAUGGUGGGCUACAAUUCUCGGAGAAAUAUCUACAUUGUCCUGAGGGCUUCCUUUAGCGAGUCAGGACUCAACGAAUUUUUGGGUGACAUAGUGAGACAGAAAGGUCGUACUCAGUCCAUUAAAGGAGAUGGGCUUCCGGCAAUUGAGGAGGUGGAGCUAUGGGACGGCAAGGAUGGGGAGUUACCAGUUGAGGAUGACUAUGAUUUGGAUGAUUUUGAUAUGGAUGACGAACCAGGCAAAGACGAACUUUAAACUCUUGCAUGUAUAAUUAUUUAUAAUACUCAACUUUAUAGGGAUCAAAUUUUAGGCAUGCAUUCAGAAGCAUUUGCGACUUUGUACGAACUAUAUUAUUGUAUAGUACCUUAAAUACAUUUAAAUUUUAACAA